UUUAUGUUGGGAAAGUUUUCUUCCAUAAUUUUGUUAAAAAUAUUUUCUGGGCCUUUGAGCUGUGAUUCUUCUCCUUCUUCUAUUCCUAUUAUUCUUAGGUUUGGUCUUUUUAUUGUGUCCCAUAUUUCUUGAAUGUUUUGUGAUGAGAAUUUGUUGGCUUUGCUGUUUUCUUUGAUCAGUGCAUUUAUUUUCUCUAUGGUGUCCUCAGCAUCUGAGAUUCUUUCUUCUAUCUCUUGUAGUCUAUUGAUUAUGCUUGUUUCUGUAGACUCUGCUCGUUGGCCUAGAUUUUCCAUAUCCAGCUGUUCUUCCCUUUGUGUUCUCUUCCUUGCUUCCCUUUCAGUUUUCAAUUCUUGCACUGUUUCCAUUACCUGUUUGAUCGUUUUUUCUUGGUUUCCCAGGGUCUCAUGUACAUAUUUACUUAAUUCUUCGAACUUUUUGUUAUUCUUCUCAUCCAUUUCUAUAAGGGUGUUUAUUACAUAUUUUUUAAGGGAUUCUAUUGCUUUCAUAAAGUCAAUUUUUUCCACUUCUUCUGUGUUAGGGUGUUCAAAUCUUUCUGUUGUAAGAUCUUUGGGAUCUGGUGUUUUCAUGUUGUUUUUCUGAUUAAUGGGUGAUGUUCUGCCUUGGCGCCUGCCCAUCUCCUCCUUUCAAUGCUAUCUAAUUGGUCUUUUAAAAUCAGAUCAGGUUUCUCUGCUGGCCAGAGGCUUCUCUUACUAAUUGCCCUCGCUCUGUUUCCUGGCUCCUGCUGGGGGCCAAGAACCCUCUCACCCCUAAGAAGGGUUUUCCGGAACCGGUCCCGGCUCCCCGUUUGCCAGGGCCCUCGCCAACCAAAGGCCUACCUCUUUGAUUUAAUUGUAGUGGGGCGAUCUGCUCUCGGUGUUGCGCGCUGGUCCCUGCCGCCUGCGACCUCUGCCGCCGCGCUGGUCCCCUCCAGUCUCGGCGACAGCCGUCGUUGCCUGCCUGCGCCUCCCAGCGCCGUCUGCCGGCGCGUGCGCCUCCCAGCUCCGUCUGCCGGCGCGUGCGCCUCCCAGCUCCGUCUGCCGGCGCGUGCGCCUCCCAGCUCCGUCUGCCGGCGCGUGCGCCUCCCAGCUCCGUCUGCCGGCGCGUGCGCCUCCCAGCUCCGUCUGCCGGCGCGUGCGCCUCCCAGCUCCGUCUGCCGGCGCGUGCGCCUCCCAGCUCCGUCUGCCGGCGCGUGCGCCUCCCAGCUCCGUCUGCCGGCGCGUGCGCCUCCCAGCUCCGUCUGCCGGCGCGUGCGCCUCCCAGCUCCGUCUGCCGGCGCGUGCGCCUCCCAGCUCCGUCUGCCGGCGCGUGCGCCUCCCAGCUCCGUCUGCCGGCGCGUGCGCCUCCCAGCUCCGUCUGCCGGCGCGUGCGCCUCCCAGCUCCGUCUGCCGGCGCGUGCGCCUCCCAGCUCCGUCUGCCGGCGCGUGCGCCUCCCAGCUCCGUCUGCCGGCGCGUGCGCCUCCCAGCUCCGUCUGCCGGCGCGUGCGCCUCCCAGCUCCGUCUGCCGGCGCGUGCGCCUCCCAGCUCCGUCUGCCGGCGCGUGCGCCUCCCAGCUCCGUCUGCCGGCGCGUGCGCCUCCCAGCUCCGUCUGCCGGCGCGUGCGCCUCCCAGCUCCGUCUGCCGGCGCGUGCGCCUCCCAGCUCCGUCUGCCGGCGCGUGCGCCUCCCAGCUCCGUCUGCCGGCGCGUGCGCCUCCCACUUAUUGACUUUUUUCAUGUCAUCAUUCUAUUGUGA